AUGGGAAGAUUUGUGCUCGCAUUUGUGCUACUGCUUGGCACCGUGUUUGGGUGUUGGGCUCAAACGGAUAACGCUAUUCGACCUAUAGGAAGGGGUGAAUAUCCGUCGGUCGUCUAUGUAAGCACUCCACGGGAUCUACAGUGUAUUGGGGUAGUGAUCGAUGCGAACCAUGUCCUGACCUCCGCCACAUGCGUUAUGACCAACCAGGCAGCUAGCAUAUAUCCGGCCCGAUUGGUACAAGUUAGCGGAGGCGACAUAUCAGCAACCAGCCCAACCAACAAUCGACAGACCCGAACUGCUCAGCACAUCUUCGUACAUGAACAUUUUCGUGUACGGCAAAAUGACAACAACGUAGCCAUUAUACGCCUUGCUGAACCGUUCCAUCUACCGAGUAAUGCCAUCGAGGAAGCCCACAUCCGAAUGCGUGUCGUACCGGAAGGUUAUCGAUGUGAUGUUGUUAGGGUAGCGAUAACAGGGAACAGAGUAUUACAAGCGUAUGAUGUGACCAUCCGGAAUAGAAAUCUUUGUGACAGUUGUUGUCUUCCGUUGUUUAAACAGGACGCUUCCUUAUGCACCGAAAUCAUAACAAACAAUGAUCUCACCCUUUCGCAGGGUGAUGCAAUGUUUUGUAACGGCGACUUAACAGCCCUAGGUACUACUACGGUAACUUCAGACUCAACUCGAAAUUUCCAUUUCAUACAAGUUCGAUACUUAACACACUGGAUAAACGAACAGCUGAAUCGUGCCCACCCAAUGCCGGUUGGAUGGAAUCCAAACGAUUUCUGA